GGGAUUGCGCAAAUCGGGCACCGCGGGCGGCGAGGGAGGAAGGCGCCGGCACAGCGCCUCGAGGCCGCGCCUCAGCCCCGCGCCGCGGACAUGGCCGCGUCUUCCGCCGGGCCUCAAAGCCGGGGCCCGCGGAGGGAAAGGGAGAAAUCGGUGGAGAAAAAUAAAAAGGGAAAUAAGUACCCGUAACAAAAGCGCUGCUGUUACAUCACGCAGCGCACAGGGUUGGAUCGGAAGUAAAACCAGCCCUUUUUUAGAGAUAGGGAGUUCUGAAGGAGAUCAGCAGUAAGAACGAGAAGCCCGAGGGAAAGGACUCAACCGCGGCUGGAGGGGGACGCAGUGGGGACGCGGGAUGGAAACGUCUGGAAGCGGGAGGGGCCGGGAGAGGCCGGCAGCGCGUUUCGCCGCAUUCCGCCCGCAUUCCUCCCGCGCGAUGAAGGGGCCCGGGGCCUCCGCGCCGCGCCGUACCUGCUAUAAUCCGCGGAGCCGCCUGACAUGUUCCGAUGACCAGCGCUGUCCUCAACUGAAAAGGCAAAGCUUCCGCGGCGGCCGCCUUAUAUACCCGCCCGCUGCCGGACUCGUUUCGCUCCGCUCUGCGCAUGGAUAUACGCCUCUCACCGCGGGGAAAAAACGCGAAUUCCCGCGGACCGAGGCCCCUCCGGGAGCGAUCCCCUUCUGCCCGGCCCGGGAGGUGCUCUCAGCGGGAGUUCCUCGGCCCUCAGGAGCCGCGAGGGCGGCGGAGCCUCGGACUACUUUUUCCUCCCCUCGGCGCGCGGAAGGAUAUUGCAGCAGUGGCGGAGUGACGGUGGUGCCCAAGAACAGCUGCGCAGGUUCUCCCAGGAUCCAGUGAUGCAAGCACAGCCAGCAUACAGAAGGAAAGAGAGAGAAGUGUGAACCGUAAAGAACUGCUGCCUCAGAGCUGCUGUUGCCAUAGAGCUUCUAAUGAGGAAAAAACUGCAGCAAGGAUUUCUGCUGCUGCUGAAGGAAGUGGCUGAGGACUCCUGUGCUGUGUCUGUCAGAAUUGCUGGUGCUGCCCGUGCACGCAGCCCUGUGCCCGACUGGCCAUGAGUUACUGAGUUCCUACAUGGAUGAGCUGCCACGUGGAGGGCCGAUGUCCCGGCACAAGGACGUGCUGCUCCUCCCGGUGUGGAUGCAGUUGCCAGCCCCAGAAAACUUGUACACAGCUGGUUUGCGAGAUCAUGAUGAAGCAGAAAUAUGAAAAAACAUAGAAGAAAUUUGCUUUUGAAAAGAAGUCAGUUGCUGGCCCUGUCUGGAAGAUGGACUGCUGGAUUUGGGGAGCUCAGGAAAUGCUGCUUCCAAAAGCAGUUCUUCCUAGCUAAGAGGAAAAGACAGAGCACUCAGCUAAUUGUGAGCUUAAAUCACAACAAACUGUUCAGAAGUCUACAGUGCAGAAGGAGGGCACUUGAACUCCAGAGCAGGUGGGCUCCUGAUGUGCAGCUAAAUGCAGAAACUUAUCAAAAACCUACUGUUGAACCAUAGAGCUUUCCUUACGAAAAUACUGAGGGCAAAAAGUUCCUGUCCCAGUCUCAAAGCUGAAAGCCCAUCUGGAGAAGCAGUAAGAAAACUCAACAAUGAAUCCUUUCAGAGUGAAGAUCCCUUGGACAAAGAAUUAGAAACUGGCGCUCCUCUUAAUAGCAUCUCUGGCAACGUCCAUUGUGUCUCAUGUGGUACACAGCGCGGUGCUGCGUUACCUGUAAAGAAAGGCAGUUUUGUACAUGAAAGGCGGUGGGGAGGAGAGCAAUAAUGGUGUGGGCAACACAGUCCUGGUAGUUUUAAACAACUAUAAAAGGAAAUGCUGUUGCAAAAGGAGUGGAAUGGAACUUGUGGCCCCUUGACAACUGUAAAGAGGUCCAAAUUUAGCCAUAAUAAUGUAAAAAAGAGAUCUUUAUUUAUGAUGCAUAAGAAACUUUCUAUGGUUAAGUUUCGGUAUAGAAUUAUCAAAUCCCCAGAACUUCGAGCAAGAGGCAAAACCUGCAAAUUGAGAAAAAUCAAGCCGAGGUGGGUGCAGAAAGUGACGAGGGACCAUCGAGAGACGCUCCGGCGGGAUCUGGAAGGUGGAUUGUGUAACUGGUUUCCCUGCUGGAAAUCUAAAAGUAACUGUCUUUGGAAUCAGUACAGCUUAUCAGAUAUGAACAGUAACACACCCAGAUCUUCGGGUGAGGAGAACGAAGUGCCCGCAUCUGAGAGCGACCACGUGCAGGACGCGGUGCUGCGUGCUGAGGAGCCGGGAGCUGGGGGGCAGGAAGGCAGCGCUGGCACCGUUGGCACCGUCCCACCAGAACUGAGAACCGGAGCUUCUCUGCAGGCAGAGACCGGGCACGAGGUGGAGAUCGGCGAGGCUCUGGCAGAGGAUUGCAGCUCUGACGUUCUGAUCUGUGUGAUAGCAAAAGAUACCGCCGUUUCGGGUCAAGAUGAUGCAGAACCGUGUGAGGUUAUGGGUGUAGAUGGGAUGAUACUGUUACAAUCCUCCUUGCAGGAUUCUGAUGUCAGUGACGAUUUUGCAAAUGGACCUUUAUCCAUGGAGCUGGCACAAAAUGAGGACAGCUCGAACCAAAUGGAAGUGGAGGGCUCCUUGAACCUGGACAUUUUUAGCGCAAAGCUACUCGAUCACCCGUACUGUAAGAGCCCUCUUGAGGAGCCCUCACCAGAAAGCACAGAACUGAAAUCAGGAACUCGGAAGGGAGGCAAAAAGAAUGGUCAGAAAGCUUCCCGGGUGGCUGAUGAGCAGUUGGCAGCGUGGCUUUGUGGAUUCCUAGAUGAAGUUAUGAAGAAGUAUGGCAGUUUAGUUCCACUCUGUGAAAAAGAUGUCAUGGGAAGAUUAAAAGAAGUCUUUAAUGAAGAUUUCUCCCAUAGAAAACCUUUUAUCACCAGGGAAAUCAUGAAGUAUCGGGAAAAACAUCCAAAAACCUCCACUUGCAAUUUCCGGGUCUUCUAUAAUAAGCACAUGCUAGAUAUGGAUGAUUUAGCUACACUGGAAGGCCAGAACUGGCUGAAUGACCAGAUAAUUAACAUGUAUGGUGAACUCAUCAUGGAUGCGGUCCCUGAAAAGGUUCAUUUCUUUAACAGCUUUUUUCAUAGACAGCUUGUAACCAAAGGAUAUAAUGGGGUAAAGCGGUGGACUAAAAAGGUGGACUUGUUCAGAAAGACUCUCUUGUUGAUCCCUAUUCACCUGGAAGUCCACUGGUCCCUCAUUACUGUGAACAUCCCCAACCGAAUCAUUUCAUUUUAUGAUUCCCAAGGCAUUCAUUUUAAGUUUUGUGUAGAGAACAUUCGAAAGUAUUUGCUGACUGAAGCGAAAGAGAAGAAUCGCCCCGAGUUCCUUCAGGGUUGGCAAACUGCUGUGACAAAGUGCAUUCCACAACAGAAAAAUGACAGUGACUGUGGGGUUUUUGUGCUCCAGUACUGCAAGUGCCUCGCCUUAGACCAGCCUUUUCAGUUCUCCCAGGAAGAUAUGCCCCGAGUGAGAAAAAGGAUUUACAAGGAGCUGUGUGAACGCCAGCUAAUAGACUAAUAAAAUGCAGCCAACCUAAUUUCUCUGGCAUUUCUGACAAGUUGCAGCUGGUGUUUGUUUACUUGAAUUUCUGAAAACUUCCCGUGAAUUUUGAGCAAUUCUCAGCUGAGUGGUGUGGCCACUGUUGUUACCUCAAUUUUCUGACAAGCUCUGUAACUGGCAGAAUAUAACAGAGUUGCCGUAAAAUAUUCCUAAUGUCAGUUUGGUUCUCUUUUUGUUCUUUCCUGUAUUUAAUAUUUAUUAUCUCAGCAUGCAUAUAGGCAAAGCAUGCAACUAAAACCAUAAAGCUGUAGAUUUGGUGCACCUUUGAGAUGUAGCUAGAAAUGACAAAUACAGGUGAAUUUGUCUGGAAACAAAAAGAUGCAUGAUAUGUUUUCUGAUGCAAUAAUGCUUUGAAUGUAUCAAAAAACCCCACACAACUCGAUGCCAUAAAAAGAACAGCUAGAACCUGUUUGAUUAUUCUGUUGUCCCUGGUGUGGCUGAAUAGUACAGAAUUGCCACUUUUUAGGGUGGCUGAAUUCAUCUACAGAGUUCAUUUGCGGAGUCCCCUUUUUUUUUAAACAGCUGAAGUUGCUAACCAGGUUUGUUCUGGUAACACUUACCUGGCUGUCAUUGGUCAGCCUGUCCCUGUAGAUAAAAAGCAGCCUUUGCACAGAAAGGAGGUUUCACCAUUUGUCUAUGUAAUAAAAAGCUGGAAGAUGUGCAGUCAGUCAGAUUGAUGGCGUGUUCCUCCGCUCUGCAGAAGUCUCCAUGGUGUGCGUAUUAAGGAGGAGAAUUGUAAACCUGGCCCCGAAGAGUCGUGGUUCAGAUACUAAGAUAAAAUCCCUGGCUGUAACUGUUUAAAUCUCAGAUGGCUUUGAGUCAUUUUUCCACAAUAUGAAAUGAAAUGAAAUGUACCAUUUCUGCAUCUCUCCCUUCAGCUCUGUCUUUAAAUGAAUUCCAUUCUAGCUUGUUGUCUUUAACCUCCCAUUGGCUUUUGCCUUCAUUCAAAUAUAAAUUAAUUUGUUUCUGCUGCA